GUGCGUGCGCGCGCCCGCCCGCCCGAGGGAAGAGGCCGGGACUCUUUGUCCGGGCGGAGGGAUCCCCCUCUCUCCCCUCUCUCUCUCUGGGCGCUGGGGCUGGCGGUGUCUGCGGGAGCAAGAGCAGCAGCGGCAGCAGCGGCAGAGUCAGCCUGGCUGGGCUGGAAGCAGGGGUCGGCGCGGGUUGUUCUUGCCUUCCCUUAUUCCUCCUCCUCCCUCCCUGGAUUCCCUUGGAUGGUGGAGCUGGGCGGCUGAGGGGACGCUGACAACGGCGGAGGCCUGGGCGAGCGGGGCUCCUCGCUCAUGGCCAUGGCAGGGGAUGGCGGAGGAGGAGGAGGAGGAGGAGAAGGCGAAGGAGGAAGGCACACGGCGGAGCUCAGAGCCGAGCUCUAUUUCCUCAUCGCCCGCUUUCUGGAGAGCGGACCCUGCCAGCAAGCCGCUCAGGUCCUGAUCCGAGAAGUGGCCGAGAAGGAGCUGCUGCCCAGGCGCACGGACUGGACCGGCCAGGAGCACCCCAGGAGCUACGACAGCCUAGUAAAAUAUUAUAGGCAUUUGGCACCUGAUCACCUACUUCAGAUAUGCCAUCGAUUAGGACCACUUCUAGAGCAAGAAAUUCCUCAGAGUGUUCCAGGAGUCCAAACAUUGUUAGGAGCUGGAAGACAGUCUUUGCUUCGCACAAGCAAAAGCUGCAAGCAUGUGGUGUGGAAGGGAUCUGCUCUUGCUGCAUUGCACUGUGGAAGACCUCCAGAGUUGCCAGUAAACUAUGGCAGUUCUCCAAGCAUAGGUGAAACUCUCUUUUCAAGAAAACUAAAUGGAAAAUACAGACUUGAACACCUUGUUCCAACUGCUGUUUAUCAACAUAUGAAAAUGCACAAGCGGAUCCUAGGACAUUUGUCUUCUGUAUAUUGUGUAACGUUUGAUCGAACAGGCAGACGAAUAUUCACGGGUUCUGAUGAUUGUCUUGUGAAAAUCUGGGCAACAGAUGAUGGAAGGUUGCUUGCUACUUUAAGAGGACAUGCAGCUGAAAUAUCAGACAUGGCUGUUAAUUAUGAAAACACAAUGAUUGCUGCAGGCAGCUGUGACAAAAUGAUAAGAGUAUGGUGUCUCAGAACGUGUGCCCCUUUGGCUGUUUUGCAAGGCCACAGUGCAUCCAUAACAUCACUACAGUUUUCUCCACUAUGCAGUGGCUCCAAGCGAUACCUGUCUUCAACGGGGGCCGAUGGAACAAUAUGCUUUUGGUUGUGGGAUGCUGGCACCCUUAAAAUAAAUCCAAGGCCAGCAAAGUUUACAGAACGUCCAAGACCCGGAGUCCAAAUGAUCUGUUCUUCUUUUAGUGCUGGUGGAAUGUUUCUGGCCACUGGAAGUACAGAUCACAUCAUUAGGGUUUAUUUCUUUGGAUCAGGUCAGCCAGAGAAGAUAUCAGAGUUGGAGUUUCAUACUGACAAAGUGGAUAGCAUUCAGUUUUCUAACACUAGUAAUCGAUUUGUCAGUGGUAGUCGUGAUGGGACAGCGCGCAUUUGGAUGUAUAAAAGAAGGGAAUGGAAGAGCAUUUUGUUAGAUAUGGCUACUCGUCCUGCAGGUCAAAACUCACAAGGAAUAGAAGACAAAAUCACAAAACUGAAAGUUACUAUGGUAGCAUGGGAUCGUCAUGACAGUUCAGUUAUUACUGCUGUUAAUAAUAUGACUUUGAAAGUUUGGAACUCCUUUACCGGCCAACUGAUUCAUGUCCUCAUGGGUCAUGAAGAUGAGGUGUUUGUGCUUGAGAGUCACCCUUUUGAUCCUAGAGUGCUCUUCUCUGCUGGCCAUGAUGGAAAUGUAAUAGUAUGGGAUUUGGCAAAAGGAGUAAAAAUCAGGUCUUAUUUUAAUAUGAUUGAAGGACAAGGACAUGGGGCAGUUUUUGACUGCAAGUGUUCUCCUGAUGGCCAGCAUUUUGCUUGUACAGAUUCUCAUGGACAUCUUUUGAUAUUUGGCUUUGGCUCCAGCAGUAAAUAUGACAAGAUAGCAGAUCAGAUGUUCUUUCACAGCGAUUAUCGGCCUCUUAUCCGUGAUGCCAACAAUUUUGUGUUGGAUGAACAGACACAACAAGCACCACAUCUCAUGCCUCCCCCAUUUUUGGUUGAUGUGGAUGGUAAUCCUCAUCCAUCAAGAUAUCAGAGAUUAGUUCCAGGACGUGAAAACUGUAGAGAGGAGCAACUUAUUCCUCAGAUGGGGGUAACUUCCUCAGGAUUGAACCAGGUCUUGAGUCAACAGGUUAGCCCUUUGGACAGCAUGAUACAAAGACUUCAGCAAGAGCAAGACCAGAGACGGUCUGGAGAGGCUGGAGCUAGCAAUAUUAACAUAAUUGGCAGGGGCUCUGUAAAUGCCACCUCAGAAGUCCAUUCACCACCAAAUGUAGGAUUAAGACGCAGUGGACAGAUUGAGGGAGUACGACAGAUGCACAGCAAUGCACCAAGAAGUGAAAUAGCUACUGAAAGGGACCUGGUGGCAUGGAGUCGAAGGGUUGUGGUCCCAGAGCUAACAGCAGGAGUAGCCAGUCGGCAGGAAGAAUGGCGAACAGCUAAGGGAGAAGAAGAAAUAAAGAUCUACAGGUCAGAAGAGAAAAGAAAACAUAUUACAAGUCAUGUUGUAAGAGAGAACAAGAUACCUUCUUUACCUAAGAAUCAGUCUAACGAUCAUAUAUUAGAUGCCAAUGAUUCAAAAAAACAACAGGCCAAUUUACAUAACUACCGCACUAGACAUGCAUUGGAAGAAACUGCAAGGCCAAAUGAAGACAUGGAAAAUGGAAGCAGUUCAUCAGAUGAGGGAGAAGCAGUUGUUGCCAGCGGUGGAACGUCUGAAGAUGAGGGGAAGGCAUGGCACAGUGAUGGCAGUUCUAGUGAUUAUUCUAGUGAUUAUUCUGAUUGGACAGCAGAUGCUGGAAUUAAUCUGCAACCACCAAAGAAAGUUCCUAAAAUCAAAACAAAAAAAGUAGAGAGUAGCUCAGAAGAUGAGGAAGGUCCUGAAAAACAAAGGCAAAAGCAGAUCAGAAAAGAAAGAAAAAAAGGUAUUGAAGAAAAAGAUGGUCCAACAUCACCAAAGAAAAGGAAACCCAAAGAGAGAAAACAAAAGAGGUUGCCUGUGGGAGUGUUAGCAGAAAAUGGCUUGACGUUGGAAGAAUGGCUGCCUUCAGUGUGGAUUACAGAUCCUGUUCCCCGCCGAUGUCCAUUUGUACCACAAAUGGGAGAUGAGGUUUAUUAUUUCCGACAAGGCCAUGAAGCAUACGUUUCAAUGGCAAAGAAGAACAAAAUAUAUAGCAUUAAUCCCAAAAAACAGCCAUGGCAUAAAAUGGAACUACGGGAACAAGAGCUGAUGAAGAUAGUUGGAAUAAAAUAUGAAGUUGGGCUGCCUACACUUUGCUGCCUUAAACUUGCUUUUCUUGACCCAGAUACUGGUAAACUGACUGGAGGAUCUUUUACAAUGAAGUAUCAUGAUAUGCCAGAUGUUAUAGAUUUCCUGGUGUUAAGGCAGCAAUUUGAUGAUGCAAAACACAGACGAUGGAACAUAGGUGAUCGAUUUAGAUCAGUAAUUGAUGAUGCUUGGUGGUUUGGAACAAUAGAAAGUCAAGAGCCUCUUCAGUCUGAUUAUCCUGACAGCUUGUUUCAGUGCUACAAUGUCUGUUGGGACAAUGGAGACACUGAGAAAAUGAGUCCUUGGGAUAUGGAGCCAAUACCAAACAAUGGUAUGUGUCUACUUUCCCCUAGAUGUACAGAAAGGAGACAGAACUUACUAUCUGUCUUUCCAGAAGAACUUGGAACUAGUGUUCCUUUAACUAGCGCUGAGAGCAGAUCACUGAUAUAUAAGCCUCUGGAUGGAGAAUGGGGCUCCAGGAGUCGUGAUGAUGAAUGUGAAAGAAUAAUUUCAGGGAUAAACCAACUUACAACUCUAGAUAUUGCCUCUGCUUUUGUGGCACCUGUGGAUUUCCAAGCUUAUCCAAUGUACUGUACUGUGGUGGCAUAUCCUACUGAUCUCAGCACAAUUAAGCAGAGACUGGAAAAUAGAUUUUACAGGCGUCUUUCUUCACUUAUGUGGGAAGUCCGCUAUAUAGAAUAUAAUACUCGAACAUUCAAUGAACCAGGAAGUCCCAUUGUCAAAUCAGCGAAGUUUGUCACAGAUCUCCUUCUGCAAUUCAUGAAAGAUCAGACUUGCUAUGACAUAAUCCCGCUUUAUAAUGCAAUGAAGAAAAAAGUCUUGUCUGAUUCGGAAGAGGAAGAAGAGAAAGACCUUAACAUACCAGGCACUUCCACUAGAAAGAGGAAGGAUCAUCAGCCAAAGCGGAGGCUGCGUAACAGAGCACAAUCCUAUGAUAUUCAGGCAUGGAAAAGGCAAUGUCAGGAAUUGUUAAAUCUGAUUUUUCAGUGUGAGGAUUCUGAACCAUUUCGCCAGCCAGUGGAUCUACUUGAAUAUCCAGAUUACAGAGACAUCAUUGAUACACCAAUGGAUUUUGCUACUGUUCGCGAAACACUAGAAGCAGGGAAUUAUGAAUCCCCAAUGGAGUUGUGUAAAGAUGUGAGACUAAUCUUCAGCAACUCCAAAGUUUAUACACCAUGCAAAAGAUCAAGAAUUUACAGCAUGAGCCUGCGCCUGUCUGCCUUCUUUGAGGAACACAUUAGUUCAAUUUUAUCAGAUUACAAAUCUGCUCUGCGCUUUCAUAAAAGAAGCACAGUUAAAAAGAGAAGGAAGAAAAGAAGUAGAAGCAGUUCUGUUUCUAGUAGCGUUGCAUCAAGUCCGGAUAGAAAACGGAGACUAAUAAAGCCACAGCUGAAAGCUGAACCCCCUUCUGCACCUUCGUCCUCUGCACCUACACGUGGAACGUCCUUGAGGAACAUUGCUGCUCAGAUGAAUGGAAAAGCUGUUGACUCUGUGACUUUGGUCCGAACAAGAAGUACAAGAGCAGUUACAGAAAUGGCUGCUAAUGAUCAGCCUUCCACUUCUUCAUCAGGAAAACCUUUAACUGUGAAACCUAGUAGUACUGUUGCCCAGGGGAUGUCAGUGUCAGAGAAUUCCACCAAACUCUCCAAGAACCAGAAUAUGGUGCAAGUUCCUAAUCAAACCAAUUAUACUCACAACACUAGGAAUAAUACUGUAAGAGAAAAUGUGGAAAAGGAUAAACAAAUUAAACGUAAACCAAAAUCAUCCACUAUCAACCCACAGGCAGAUUGCAAGAAGAGCGCUGUAGCUUUGGCCUCAGGAAGCAUCCAGGUAAAUGGACAUGGGGGACAAUCUUCAAAGCCUGUGUUUAAGAGGGGUCCUGGACGGAAACCCAAGCUUGAGACUACAGCUACUAUUGAAGUGGUGCACAAGAAAAGAGGGAGGAAACCAAAAAGCUUGUUACUUGCUCAACAAAAGAGUUUAGAGCAGAAUGCAAACCAAACUCCUAAAGGCUUGCCAACAGAGGAAGCAUGUGCUUCUACUGCAUGCAAUUCUCUCUCUGAAAAUAAUGUGAAAGAAGACAUAUUAAAGCGAAGAGGACGCGUAGGCAGAAAGCCAAAAAGAAAGCCGCAAGCAGAACAGCCUGGAUCAGAACUUAAAUUUUCUGCAGAUCCUAAGAUUCAGACAAGAAGCAGGAGAAAAAAGACAGAUGGGCCAAUUGAAGAACAGGAACAAGAGCCUGAGGAAUUUAAAGAUUCUGAACCUCAUAUGAGAACUAGAAACCAGGGUAGGAGGACAGCUUUUUACAAUGAAGAUGACUCAGAGGAGGAACAAAGGCAGCUGUUAUUUGAAGACACCUCUUUGACAUUUGGGACAUCUAGCAGAGGCAGAGUCCGAAAGUUGACUGAAAAAGCAAAGGCCAAUCUGAUUGGUUGGUAACUUUGGCAUUUAAAAAUGCUGAUAAGUGGGUACAACUGAGGAAUCUGAAAAAACUAAGGAUACUGCUUUCUGCUGCUAUUUACAAAUGAGAUUAGUUUCUGAUUUGGAGAAGUAUAGCAAAAACAAAUGAAACAUUUCUUUGAAAGAAGUAUGUAUUUUAAACUUUUGCUAUUUAUUGCCCUCCAAGUAGGUUAUGCAUUUCAAUUCACUUCAGUUGGUAUCAAAGACUGUAUAAAUGGAACUCUUUAUUUCCAGAGAUGCUACUGUAAUUUUGAACAGUAUAAUCUCUAUUUGAUUAAAAUAAGAGAAUUUUUAAUGUUACAGACUGAGAACAGAACUAUUUUUGAAUGAGAAAGGUACAGUGCAUUUGUAUAGAGUGUGGUAUCUGUGUUUUGCAGGGUAUUAGCAGAGUAUGGCAGUAAAUGCUAUUGAGAACAAAUGCAAAAUUACCAAACUUUGCUAAUACAGUAACAUUUAAUUCAGUAGUGUUUGGGCACACAGCUUUGUACAAACAAAAUGUAGUACAGGUUGUUUUAUCUAUGUUCUACCAGAGAGAAAUCACAGUGUGCAUAUCUAUAUAUUUAUACAUAAAUAUGUAGAUAUAUAUAUACACACACAUAUAUAUAUCCACAUUGGAAAAAGUUUGACUAAUAUGUCUAAUUUUUCAGACCUUCAUUCUCGUAUCAAUCAAAUCUCUGUUUAUCGUGCCAAAGACUGAAAACCGGUGCAGUGGAAUAGUUCUGAGUGUCAGUGCAGCAUACAGUUUUCAAUUAUGUUUAUGACUCCAUGUUCAAAAUAUAGAUUGUUCUGAAAAAUCAUCUCUACUGGUACUUUGUAAUAAAUACAGGUAAUGCACUGGUGGGAUCCUUUAACAAAUAUUUGAGGACAAAGUAUACGUUGAGUUAAAGGGAUCAAGGAAAAUGCAGGAAAAUUUGAGAUUUUGGUGUUUAUGUUAUGAUGAUAUUAGUUAUUUCUGCCAAUUGUGUUAAACUGACUAAAAUUACUUUAAGAAGAAGUGUAUGUGUAUGUAUAUAUUGAAUAUGUACACAAGCACAUAAAUAUACAAUAUUACCCAGGUAUAAUUUUUUCAGGACUUUUUAGAUAGUACUAGAAUAUUAAGAAUUUUAAAAAUGUCAUACUGUAAUUUUAAGAGGAAGAUUGGUUAUUUUCAGUCAUUUAAGAUAAAGGCCAAAUCACUUUUUAUGCAAUCAUGUUUUAUACAGUAUUCUCAUUGCACAUUGUUUUUCUGCACUUUUUACAGUAUACUUAUCAAGCUGACAUGAGUCAAUAUAAACACCCUAAAGGAAAAUCCCACUUUAUGAUUGUGCCUUGUAUUCUGUUAUUUUGUGCAUCUUUAGUAAGCUUAAGUUGUCUAUUGUAAAUGAUGACUAUAUGACUUAGGGGAAUGUAAUGCUGUAUGUACUGCUAUGGAAAAAACAGUUAUUUAUUUGUUUAUGGUACAUUUACUUAUUUUAUACUUUCAAAAUUUUAAUACAAUUUUGUUGUUUAAAAGUAUAGUCCAAUUUGAAAGGAAAAAAUAUAUAGUAAAACAGUUGCAUGGUACAAAAAUGUAACAAUGCUUUUCAUUUAACACACUUGGGGAAAAACAGAUGUGCAAGAAUGAAAGUUUCUUUGUGAAAACACCCUGGCCUUGAUCAAGUGAUGAACAUUUGCAGCAGUGGACUACUUGUGCAUAUGUGCAUUUUGUACAAAAGGGACAUGGUGCUGUCAACUUUUAGAAGUGCAUUGUGAAAACUGAGUCAACCUAUUGUGCUUCCAUUAGUGGAAAGGGGAGGGUAAUUCUGUUUGCCAUCACUCCAAAUCAGUUAUCGACUUUACCACAAAUUGUGGCAUCUUUACCUGUUUAGUACCACAUGCAGUUUCCAAUCCAGUCUUGAGAACUACAAGUACGUUCAGCCCCAGAGGCCAAGAGCAUUGCACCCAUGGAGGCGUGGGGGCAUGGCAUAUAGACGGCACACACCCCUACACCGCCAGGAAGCCACAUGGUUGACUGCAUGUGUGCCAGCAUGUGGCAUUUAGAUGCAGUGUGCCACUGCAGCAUCAGAAAGUCCUGGCAGGGCAGGAAAAGCCACUGAAAAAAAGAGUGGCAAUUUGCCACUUCUUUUUUGUGACGGCAAAACACCAAAGUGGGACCAUGGUGUGCAAUUGCUGCAGCGCCCACCUGGCUCUUUCAGGGGCAGCAUCAUGCCGCCCCUUUGGGGUGGCCUGUUUCUCUCCUUAAUCUCAUUUAAGUUGGUCAGUUUGAAAUGUCUGAUUCUCUGAUGCUAUUUUAUUCAUAAUCCAAAAGAUACCCAAUCUAUUGCUGUAGGUAUUCCAUUUAUAAGUAUGUCCCACUUGGUGUAUGUGUAGAUGUGUGUACACAUACACAACACCUCAAGUAUGGUAAAUGAAAUGGCGCACAUAGCCAUCAGAGUGUAAAAACUACCUUUCAAAACUACUAAAUUAAAUGUUAUCUGCAAAGAAUAGCACUAAGAAUUCAUGUUCACUUUUAAUUUUUCAAAAAAUUAUUUCAGUAGUUUAUUGGGUAGAAACAACACUUAUAAAAUGCUAGCUUUUCUUGUGAUUUAGGUUGCACAGAUAGGAUUUAAUGAUACUGGAUUUGAGUGAUCUUCAAAAUUCUUAUUGUAUCAACACAGUGAACUUUUCAUCUAGCACAUUUUAAAGUGAGCAAUACUGGUUUGGUAGCUUUGGGUGGAUGGGAAAUAUAAGAAAUGUGUUAUGGAUAAAUGCUAUCUCAAGAAAAACCUGUUAUUUAUUUUAUGGCACAGUUACAUGGAUAACAUGUAGAUGCUAUUUAUGUUGGUCAUUCCACUUAUUCAUUCAAGUGAUUUACAAAUCUUUCAGUUAUGAAAACAAAUGGUAAAGGUUGUGUACUGGUACUGCUUCUGAUACAGGGUAGUCCUUUAAUCCAUAAUUUUGGCUGCUGAAUUACUUUAAUGUUAACCAUUGGUUAUUACAUAGUGGUAUCUGGUUAGCAGAACAUUCCAUGUCCUCUGAAAAGCAACUUGGUAACUCAGUUCAGUAGUAGCUGCAAGCCCAGUACAGCGCAGGCGCGCCAUACGCGGCCUUGAGCGUACGUGCUCAAACCGGGGGCGCGCACGGGGCGGUGCGUCCCAUUCAAUUGAAUGGGCGCGCGCGCCCGUUGCGCCCUCCGCGCCGCCGCACACGAGCCCCAUUGUUUCCAAUGGGGCUCGAGCAUAGGUGGAAUUCGCCUUGCGUGGAGGGAUCCGGAACGGAUCCCCCGCGUAAGGCGAGGACGGACUGUAUUUGAUUGAUAAAACAUAGGUAGUAGGCUUACAUUCUAAUUGUUUCCCAAGAAUAUAGCUUGAAUUAUAUCAGCCUAAUAUUGGAUAUUGAAUAAAUAGUUUUUAUCAUCAUACUAUGAUAAACGACUGCAAUUUUACAAGAACUAUUUUCCUAUAGCAGUGGCCCAAUGUGAGCUAAAUUUCCCAAACAGUUAUUUGUUACAUAUGGGCAGCUUAUCCAUGUGUGAACAUUCAGUUGCUAAUUUAGUAUUAUUUUUGUUUAUUUGGUAUAACACACUGUUUGAAAAAUACUCUCAAUAUUUUAAAAUAAACAGGCACGUAUAUGUAUUUCAUAUACAUAGGGUAUGUGCUAUGUUACAAUACCAGCAUUCAUGAAGUAUCAUUGUGGGCUUUCAAUUUCACAAGUUUGAGUAUAUCUAAAAUGGCUUUUAAAUGUUAAAGGCCCCAGUCGUGUCCCAUGCACACCCAACUCACUGGUGUUGUUUUCUGUGGCUAGAACAAAUCCCAAUGUGCUGAUGGAUCUACAGCUUCAGCUUUAACACAACUCAUUUCUGAUGACUUAGGGCAUAAUCUACUCAUGCUUUGUAUUCUCUGCAUGGAGCAGCACAUACAGACAUUUCCUGCCCCUGGUUUCCCAUCUCCAUCAGCAGAGUUCCCCACAAAUGGAAACUGCGCUGGUGGGAUAGCUGUGUAUGUGCAACAGUGUAUGUAAGAGACCGACUGGAUCGGGCUAGACUAUAUGUUUUCAUGUAUCUCUUAAUCUUGCACUUCAUUUAAUUGGACCUAAGCAUUCAUCUGAUAAAAGGGCUGUUCAGUUUUUUUGCUGUAAAUAAUGUAUAUAUAUAUAUGUUUAUACUUUUUAAAAAAGGUGUACAUUUCAUAUAUAGUGGUCAAGUUUGAAAAUUAUUUCUAAUAUAAAAAUCUGGUAUUGCAUUUUAAUAUGUUAACUACAUAAUUUGUAUUUUAAUCAAGAUUUAAAAUUACCAUUAAAAUUGUGAAUCUUUUUUUUUUUUUUUUACUUUGGAAGCACUCAUAUUUUUGUUUUUUAGUUUAGCUCAGAUCAGUUUUAGUGUUUCAGGAAGGUUGAAGGUUAUUGGGUGAAAUCCAACACGACGUUAGUGUCAAAAUUCUUAAUGAUGAUGUUCCUUUAUUAAUGGCUUUUCUUGCACAAGCAUAAUUCAAGUACUGUAUUGAAUUUGCCUGUUGCACAUGAGAGCAGGAUUUCUGCUACUGGAAAUAUUUUUGCAUGAGCUGACAGACACCAUGGAUAGAACUCAUUGUAGAUUUUUGUGAUUUUAAAAGUACCAUAGAGGAGAGACAACAUUUUGAACAUGUUACAAAGACCAAAUCUGCCUCUUUAAAAUGUAAAUAAUUUAGGAGCUGUUUGUGUCAAAUUAGAGGAAAGUAAACAUUUUUUUCCUUUUGAUACAGAAAUUGGC